GCACGAGUAAAGGAAGGAAUGUCCGGUCACAGACGCCCUAAGCCGGGAUUGGCUUGCUUCGUCUCCGGUUCAUCCGGAAUCCGGAGGUUUGGAUCACUGCGACGCAGAGUGAAUCUGAAUCUGUUCAGCUCUUCGCCCGGGCUUUCAGUUGUGUCCGAAUUUAGUGGAUUUUAAUGCCGGUUUGAUGCCGUUCGUUUGUUUGGGCCAAUCAAGCGUGUUGAUAUUCACUUGGCAGUAUUCAUGAACAAGUUUUCCAUACCUUGUCUUGUCAGCAUCGCCCAUAAUCGGACACUUUUGUCAAAAAAAAGAAACGGAAUGAAACUGUCCUUCGCUAUAUCAGUUGGAUGUACGAUUUCCAUAACUAUCGGCUUAGCCCUUCGUUUGGUUUACGGAUAGGAGGCAAACAUGGCCAGGGACCCAACGUUUGUCGGCUCAAAUCCAAAUCUGCAGCAGAGAUAGCAAACUGGUCAGAUGAUGCCGAAAGAACCCGAACCCGAACCCGGAAAUAAUGGCACCGGUAUUGGUACCGAUGGCUGGCACCGCGGUCGCCGCCUUGUGCUUCCACUCUCCAACCACACCUCAUCCACUUACACCGCUCUCACCAGUCCCAUCUCUUGCGCCCGCCGGCGCCGACUUAUUUCACUUCCACCAAACACAAAAGCUGGUCGCAUGAUUCUCCUGUUUUCAGCUCUGCUGCUGGGCUUCUUCCUCCACUACAUGUGGAAAGCCGAAGCGGCCUUAAGCAAGCCCUGGAAACCUGACGACAGCUCCCUCGCCUUCAGCCAAAGACCACUCCCCCCGCCAUCCAACGAGACCUUCCUGUCCUCGGCCGGAUAUAAGCUUCCAUUACGAACCAAGGGGCGGGACAUCGUGGACCAAAAUGGCAAACGCUUUAAGCUCUCGUCAAUCAACUGGUACGGCGCCAGCGAUGAGCUUUUUAUUCCGGGUGGGCUUGACGUGCAACACCGCGACGUCAUUGCCAGCACGAUCCGUUCGCUUGGUUUCAAUAGCGUGCGCAUGCCGUACAGCGACGAAAUGGUCAUUUCGAACCCGGAAGUCCCGCUGCGCCUGUUGGCGGCGAAUCGGGACCUCGUGGGCAAGCGCGCCCUGGAUGUGUUUGAAGCGACGGUAACCGCCUUGACGGACGCCGGGUUAGCCGUUAUCGUCAACAAUCACAUCACCACGGCGACGUGGUGCUGCGGCGCUGACCCGUGCGAUGCUGGCUGGGCAAACGAUUUCCUCCCUGGCUCGCUGUGCCGGGUACGACAGACGGAGGCGCAGUGGAUCGACCACUGGGUGACGGUGAUGACCCGCUUCGUCGACAAUCCGCUGGUGAUUGGGGCCGACUUGCGCAAUGAGGUGCGCGGGCUUUGGGGCACCAUGCCGUGGGAGAGAUGGGCCGCGGCGGCAGAACGAGCAGGCAACGCCUUGCUGAGGAUGAACUCGGACUGGCUGAUCAUUGUGGGUGGGACCGAGUCCGGUAACGACUUGACGGGCGUGAAACGUCGGCCGGUCGAGCUUGACGUAGCAAACAAACUGGUGUAUUCGGCACAUGUCUAUUCGUGGAGCGGCUGGGGAAGCAUGGGUGGGCGGUAUUCGAAGCGCACAUAUGCAUCCUUCGUCAAGGCCAUGCGUCAGAAUUGGGGAUACCUGGUGGAAGAGAAGCUGGCGCCUGUUUGGAUUGGAGAGUUUGGGGCACCCGACCGUCCUGGCAUUGGUGAUGCGAACUACUGGCAGAAUCUCCUGAGAUAUCUCAAGGCGAUCGACGCCGACUUUGGAUACUGGGCCAUUAACCCGCGCAAGCCAAAGGACAACGAGAAAGAGUCAUACUCGCUCGUUGAGGAUGAUUGGGUUACGCCGGUGCUGGAUUAUCGUAUGAAGGACAUGACGGAGCUUAUGAGACAGUGAGUGAUGCUGAUAUCUUUUGGCGUGAAAGCAUUUCGAGGAUAUGGUAUCUGCUCGGAUGUGCGAGCGAGCUUUCCGAAGGCAGUUUUCCGGGCUCACUUGGCUAGAACUAGUUGACGGGUUUGUUGAUAUGCUUUGGGAGUAUUUAUCAUGGCGUUAGGGGGAAAGCGUAAAAGAUGCAAUAUAGCUGAACGGAAAAAGCGAAUAUAUUUGCAGUUACUCUUGGGCCAUCUGUUUUGUAUGUUUGCUGCCUCAUUCCGAAGACUACCAUUAUGUUUUCCCGGCUGUCACGAGAGCGCCGGAAGACAGGUCCCGGGCGGGUUGUCGGUGUCUGGGCCGUGAGAUGCGGCGCAAGACGGGAGCCUGGAGGAUCGCAGGACUACAGGCCAAAUAGGUACCCCGCUUUGCCCACCCACACAUAACACAGGUACCUAUCCAG